AUGCUGACUCGACAACUAUGGUCCUCUAUCGAAAAUCAAGUCAUUCAGACAAUACAUUUUGGCGAUGAUCUCCCUCAUAAGCAUUUUAGCUACAGAGUGCGCACCCGCGUUAGGGAUGAGGACCCUGGUGCAUACUCUCCGAAAGUUCUCCCCCUGGGGCCAUUCCAUCGUGGUAAUCCCUCAUUCAAGAAGAUGGAAAAGCUUAAGCGGAAAUUUACAAGCAACCUGCUCAAUCGGAGUCAUCUCAACUCUAUCGAUGAAUAUGUGGCUGCGAUGAGGGGAGCUGAAGAACGUGUGAGAUCUUGGUAUCCUGAGGUACAUGAUAUUGACAGCAAUGAGUUCGUAGAGAUGAUGGUCUUUGAUGGCUGCUUCCUCAUUGAGCUAUUUUUAAAGUUCUAUCGUACAAAUGAAAUGCAUCAAUUGAGGCAAAUAUUCUUUCAGGAAGGCAUCACAAUUGAUGUAGUGCGGAAUGAUUGCCUCAUGAUAGAGAACCAGAUUCCCUUUUUCGUGCUUAAACUACUCUUUGAACGCUCCCACAUCGUUUGGCGAAAAGGUGUUGAUCAAAAGAGCAUGACGUUAUGGGAAUUAGCUACAGAAUUUCUACAGGUGAAUGGUAUGUUAGAAGAACCACCUGGUUUAGUCUAUCAUCUACUCCAUUUAUUUCAUUGCUGCUUAGAUCCAGCACUUUACCAUGA